UCCAUCGUUCAAAAUCCUCUUCUUUUUCUCUUCUUCUUCUUCUCCAAAAAAUUUUAAAACAGUGAAGAAGAAAUGAAGUUCUUUAACCCAACUAUGGCGAUCCUCUUCCUAACGAUGAUCGCCGUUUCAUCGGCGAUGGACAUGUCAAUCAUCUCCUACGACGAGAGCCACCACACCGUCUCCGGCGGCCGGAGCGACGCCGAGGUUAAGAGACUCUACGAGACGUGGCUAGUGAAACACGGCAAGGUUCAGAACUCUCUUGUUGAGAAAGAUCGGCGGUUCGAGAUCUUUAAAGAUAAUCUCCGUUUCAUCGACGAUCACAACGCGAAGAAUCUUAGUUACAGAUUAGGUCUUACGAAGUUUGCGGAUCUCACUAACGAUGAGUAUAGAUCCAUAUACCUUGGAGCUAAGAUGCAGAAGAACAGAGAGAGAAGGGCCAGCACACGCUAUGAGGCGCGUGUCGGUGACGCGCUGCCGGAGAGCGUUGACUGGAGGAAGGAAGGUGCCGUGGUUGAGGUCAAAGAUCAGGGAAGCUGUGGUAGUUGUUGGGCGUUUUCAACCAUCGGAGCAGUGGAAGGCAUAAACAAGAUUGUAACCGGAGACUUAAUAUCCUUGUCUGAACAAGAAUUGGUCGAUUGUGACACCUCAUACAAUGAAGGUUGUAACGGAGGUCUCAUGGACUAUGCAUUUGAGUUUAUCAUCAACAAUGGUGGAAUUGAUUCAGAGGAAGAUUAUCCUUACAAGGGAGUUGAUGGACGUUGUGACCAGAACAGAAAAAACGCUAAAGUUGUCACAAUCGAUUCAUACGAGGAUGCACCCACUUACAGCGAAGAAUCCUUGAAGAAAGCACUUUCUAACCAACCCAUUAGCGUCGCGAUUGAGGGUGGUGGUCGUGCGUUCCAGCUCUAUGAUUCGGGUAUAUUCGAUGGAGUAUGUGGAACACAACUAGACCAUGGAGUUGUGGCGGUCGGAUACGGAACUGAGAACGGCAAGGACUAUUGGAUCGUAAGAAACUCAUGGGGAACAAGCUGGGGAGAGAGUGGAUACAUAAGGAUGGAGCGUAACAUUAAGGAUUCAUCGGGAAAAUGUGGAAUUGCAAUCGAACCUUCGUACCCGAUCAAGAAUGGCCAAAACCCGCCAAACCCAGGACCUUCACCACCAUCUCCCAUCAAGCCACCAACCCAAUGUGACAGUUACUACACUUGUCCUGAGAGCAACACUUGUUGUUGUCUCUUUGAGUAUGGAAAGUAUUGCUUUGCUUGGGGAUGUUGCCCACUAGAAGCAGCCACGUGCUGUGAUGACAACUAUAGCUGUUGCCCGCACGAGUACCCGGUUUGUGACCUUGAUCAAGGAACUUGUUUAAUGAGCAAGAACAGUCCGUUUAGUGUUAAGGCCUUAAAGCGCAAACCGGCAACGCCAUUCUGGUCAAAGAGCAGGAAGAACAUUGCGUAAAGAGAAGAUGGACACACUGAACAUUUGUUUCUUCAGAGAGGAAUCUUUGACUCACAUGAGCAGAGAGAUCUCUGAAGGAAUUUAUCUGAUGCUUUUUUAAUGUUGUUGUUUAUUUCAUAACCAGAUACAUAAAAAUGCAGCUGUUUGGGUUUCAUGUAUAUAUAAAGAACCCUAAGCUUCUUCCAGUUUCUUUAGUUGGGUUUCAUUGAUACAGUAAAUUUAUUGUUAAUUUAAAAGGUUAAUAUUUAUGGCUGUGAGGUGAAUACUUUUCCUCACUUAAAUUUCAAA